AUGGGUCGUAUGCACAGUGGAGGUAAAGGUAUUUCGCGAAGCGCGUUGCCGUAUAGACGAUCUGUCCCAUCAUGGCAAAAGAUGACUGCGGAUGAGGUCAAGGAGCAGGUCUUCAAGUUAGCCAAGAAAGGCUUGUCUCCGUCCCAAAUCGUUUUGGAGUUGCUCAGAGCAAAGGCUUGGCACCAGCUAUUCCGGAAGAUCUAUAUCAACUCGUCAAAAAAGCUGUUGCAAUUCGCAAGCACUUAG